UUGUGGUUCAGGCUUCCCUGUUGUGAAUUUCUCUUUCCUUUCAGCGCAAAAGGCACACAUCUCUACCAGGUGUUAGGUGUCGAUAAAAAGGCUACUCCAGAAGAGAUCAAGCGAGCGUAUCGAAAGUUAGCCCUGAAAUAUCAUCCCGACAAAAAUCUAGAUGGUCACUUCAAAGAAAUCAACUAUGCGCAUGCUGUGCUGUCCAAUCCAAAAAAGCGACAGGUGUAUGAUGAAAUGGGAGACGCUGGGUUGAAAUUGUUAGAACAGUUUGGAGAAGAUGAAACUGUGUUGCAUUGGUUGUUGAAGCCCUGGUUCAAGGUGAGUAAUUCAAUAUUUCAGUUGUUUCACUAG